AUGCAGCAAAACGUUUCCACCCCAAGCUUGUUAGCAUCUCCGGAAUUUGAUGCCUGGACAUCCGGCCCUCCAUGGAUGCUACAAUGUGUUGGUGAGCCAGGCGCCGGCAAGACACUACUCUGCGCCCUAGUGAUUGAACGCCUUAAGACGAUCUUCAAGAACCGAAACGUACCCAUCCUCUACAUAUACCUCAAUUACAAGGAACCAAGUACUCAGACACUUGACAAUCUGAUAAGCAGCCUACUGAAACAACUGCUCCAACAUCCAGACGCUGAAUUUCAAUCUCCAGAAGCUAAGAGGCUCUUUUCAGGUGUGGAGAACGAGUCGCGCCCCACACUCGAGGACUUCUAUGAAGCCUUUCGAACCGAGAUUCGAUACUUUGAGAGGGUCAUGAUAGUAGUAGACGCGUAUGAUGAGGCGUCUCCGGCCGUUAAGGAGAGACUGGCGGACAGACUUUUGAGCUUGCCUACCGAUAAAGCAAGCUUGAUGAUAACCUCGCGCCCCAUCGAAGAGGAGCCUGACCCAAGAGAGUUGAAGUUCUGCGACUCCUGUGGUCGUGGCAGACCUACCAACAUACCUCUUCUACCGCCCCUCAAGGUCUAUUAUCGCUGUCAGAUCUGUAACAUCGACAUUUGCCAGAGCUGCAGGGCAAAAGAUGUAUAUUGCAAAGACCGAAAGCACAUUCUAAAGCAACCAGAUGAUCCGGUGAGGAUGAGUAUUGAGCCUUCCCAAGACGAUAUCAAGCUUUACGUUCGAAAAGAGCUGGAUAUAGAACUUCGACUCGGAAACUCAAAGCACAGCGAUAGUACAAUCACCAAGUCGUCGUUUGGCACGACACGACUGGGACGCAUCUGCCGCAGGCGGUCGGACCUGCAGGAAAGGAUCGUCCCUACUGUCGUCGCAAAGGCCAAUAGCAUGUUCACGCUGGCUGGCCUUUACAUGCAAACAUUGAGGGCAUGCAUAAGCGAAGGGGAAGUCGAAGACGCCUUGGACAAUCCGCCGGAAGGUUAUGAUGGCUUCUAUGAGCGCAACAUGCUGCGUAUCACCGAAGAGUCGGAGAACACUCGUGCCUCCACCCUGGCACGGAAGACGCUCGAAUGGGUGGUCCACGCCCACAGACCUCUUAGUCUUGCAGAACUUAGGGAUGCGCUGGCGGUCGACCUGAACAAAGCAGGUUUCAGAAAGGCUGCCAGACCUGACAAGGCGACAAUUCUUGAAGUCACAGCUGGAAUGAUAGUAAUCGAAUCUAACGAGAGGAAUGUGAGACUCAAUCAUCGAACAGCACAAGAGUACUUUGACAAAUCCCGCGAGCGGUGGUUUUCAGCUGCAUCAGCUGACAUAGCUCGUGUCUCACUACAUUACUUGAGUCUCGGAGAGCUCACUAAGCCUUGUGAAGGCAUUUACGAGGACAGGGAUUUCGAUUCCAGAAGAAAAGCAUACCCACUGCUUGAGUAUGCCUAUUUGUAUUGGGGAGACCAUGCAUACGAAGCCGGACCGCAUGCAGAGACACAAGCAGCAGUCUUUCGAUACGUCAGCGACACCGAUAAGAUUGCAGCAUGGACCCAAGCCACUUGGUACCUCCAUUCUGCAGAGCGCGCUGAAUGGGACAUUCGUAAAGGUGCUAACGCGCUGCAUGUGUGCGCCUGGUUUGGCUUGACGGAAAUUGUCUCCAGGCUGCUCGAUGGGGAUUUGGAUGUCAACGCUACGGAUCCAAAUUACAAGCAGACGCCAUUGAUGUACGCCUGCAGGCGAGGACAAAGCGCAACGGUGGCCAAGCUGCUCGAACGUGGCGCAGAUGUGAACCAAUAUAGCCACAGAGACAGCGUUGCCUUGUUCGAGGCUGUUGACAGCGGUGUCAUCGAGACCGUCGAGCUGCUACUAGCACAUAAAGAGUUGGAUGUGAACGCCAUACACCCAUGGCGCUCCAAUCGUACCGCCCUGAUGCUAGCAGCACAGAGUGGCAAAUUGGAAAUUGUCAAUGCUCUAUUGGACCGACCGGGCGUCCAGUUCGACCGAAAAGACUUGGACGGUAACACACCUCUGUCCCUAGCUACCAUUGCAGGACAGUCUGACGUUGUUUCAUCCCUCUUGGAACAAGAAGGCAUCGCCGUUGACUCACAAAACAGAAUUGGAAGCACUGCACUGAUAUUAGCUGCUACUGCGAAAGGUGGACGCAAAGAGACCGAGGCCAAAAUUUUCAUUGCCGAGCUUCUACUAAUGCAAGGUGCCGACAGCUCAAUCAAGGAUCACGAGGGUGGGGGGACCGCUAUCUUGAGGGCGGUAGAUGCAGGGAAUGAAGCAAUGGUAAAACUCUUGAUCGAAUACAAUGCCGAUAUCGGAAUUCGCGAUGACCUGAAUCGCGGGCUUCUCCACAGCGCCGCUAUCGACGGACACGAAGCAAUCGUCCGUCUACUACUUGAGGAAGGGUUGGAUGCCAACGCCCAAGACAAGAAUGGAAAGACCCCCCUGCACGACGCAAGUCGAGAUGGCAACUCUAAAGUUGCGAAACUGCUGUUGGAUUCUGCUGCUGACCCAUCUAUCAAGGACAUGCACUGGAGGACACCCUGGACUGUUGCUUGGCAAUACGGUAACUUGAAUGUCAUGAGAGUCCUUGAAGCCAAGGAAAUCAUCGAGGAGAGUGCCAAACCAACCCCAAGUUCCUACCCGCAGGUAACAGCAUUACCCAUAUGGUCCCUCGCCAACCUCGGCUUCCAAAACCGAGUCUCGCACAUGAUCACCGCCAAACCCAACGACAUCUACUUCUGCGACCCAGACAUGGGCAACACGGCUCUCCAUUGCGCCGUCAACGCCGACAAUCCCACAAUCCUAACCCAACUCCUCCAAGCCGGUCUAUCACCGGACUCCCUCAACGACUACUACCGCGCACCCUUACACCUCGCCGCCAUAGCCGGCCACGCCAAUCUCCUCAUCAUCCUCCUCAACCACCACGCCAAAUACGAUCAAAAGGACAGGUGGCUUGAAACGCCGCUCAAAAUCGCGCACCAUAACCGCCACCUCGAAUGCGCCGUCAUCCUGAUCGAAGCCGGUGCCAUGCCUACAAGCCCAAGCAUGAUACAAUCCCUAUUCUUCGCCGCCAUCGAACUCGGCAGGCUCAAUGCUGUCUCCAAACUCAUCGACAUGGGUGCAGAUCUUUCCGUCAAGAACGUGCUCGGGCAGACCGCCUUGCAGAUGGCCAAGGAGACUGGAAACGGUGAGAUUGUGCAAGUGCUCCGUACGAACAAGAGCGUCUUCCGUUCGCCAAGAUUGCGGUCCGAUGUCACGGAGGUGGAAGAGGAGGGGGCGGAGGAGCAGAUGGCGAUGUUGUCGAUGAAGGAGAGUCCGUUCCACAGGCCUGAAGUUUGGACCGAGGAAGGGAGUGAAGAUGAGGGGACCGUGGUGGCCGAUCGAGCCCGAACGCCUGUGGCACGCCAGGACGGAAGCGAGGCUUCGGAUGGUCGAGUACGAGUUGCGGAACCUGCGGUCUAA